UUGAAAAAUAAUGAGACUUAAUUAAGUAAACAUCAAGCUUUAAUGUCGAAAACAAUCAAAUGUUGCAAGUCAUACACUCUUACAUUUGACAAGUUGACUUGGCUUAAAAAAAACAGCGCUGGACGGUGAAUGUCGCUCUGUAUCUGCUCCAUUUGUAUGACUUGCAUUGCUUGUAACAUUUGGUCAUUGUUCAGCAUUCACAGCCUGUUUUAUACCUAACCAAAUCUCAUUGUUUCUCAAGGUAAUUACACUGAGAGGUUCUGAUCGGGUUCUGAAACUGGUAAACGGGCCAGGGUGGUGCACAGAGGGGAAAAUGAACAAAGUACAACAAUUGGGGGCUCAUCCGGUUACUCAGACUGCAGUGAUGCUAAUAAACUGAGAAAGCAGGGCAUCAUGUUUGCUGCUGCCGACCUCCAGACGCACCACUGACUGACUCCUCCCACUCCGCCUCACAUUCAAACAUCCACGGCUCACACAGACUCCGGCUCACACAGACUCCGGCUCACACAGACUCCCGAGCAUCAUCAUCAUCAUCAGCAGCAGCAGCAGCAGGCGGGCCACACCAGGUCGGGUCGCUGCACGCUGAGAGGCAAAGCUGUCUUGGCUGAAGAGGGACGGCUCACAGUCCCGGAGGAAGAGCGGGAAGCAGAAGAAGGCUCCCGCCACUCUGCAGGUGUCAACCGAGGCCGAGGCUUCAUGUGUGACGCAUUUAACUGACGAGCAGAAAUCACCAGAAGAAAUGAGCUUUGGUGCAGCGUGCAUUUUCCUGCGAGGAGGGAAAAACAUCUCAAGAGAGCUGGCUGAGGAUGAAAUUGAUGAGCUGCGAGACGCGUUCAACGAGUUCGACAAAGACAAAGAUGGGCUGAUCAGCUGCAAAGACCUGGGGAACCUGAUGAGGACGAUGGGCUACAUGCCCACCGAGAUGGAGCUGAUUGAACUCAGCCAGAACAUCAACAUGAACCUUGGUGGCAGUGUCGACUUUGAGGACUUUGUAGAACUGAUGGCUCCGAAGCUCCUGGCAGAGACGGCCGGGAUGAUUGGCGUGAAGGAGCUCAAAGACGCUUUCAAAGAGUUCGACAUGGACGGAGACGGAGAGAUCACGACGGAGGAGCUGCGGGCGGCCAUGAACAAGCUGAUGGGAGAGCACAUGAACCGCAGAGAGAUCGACGCCAUAGUGAAAGAGGCGGAUGAUAACGGAGACGGGACAGUAGAUUUUGAAGAGUUUGUCAGAAUGAUGUCUGGCCAGUGAGAAUGCAACAAGAUUUUUAUCGCACCUCUUACGAUGAUCCUGCACAGGUGGCGACUUUCUCCGAAGCUGAACCUUCAGCACUCCAGUUAUUUCAGCACUGAAAAUAAAACCAUAUCAACUUUUCUCAUUAAGGAUUCUAUGCAAACUAACAUUGACAAUUUAAUGAAUGUAUUGAAUUGAACAGCAGAAAAUAUUUUGUUUUGUAUGCAAAGUGUAAGUUAUUUCAGAUUGGUUUAAUGAAAUAGAUUAUUUUGGA